AUGUCGUUCUCUCUUGUUUCCACCUUUUCUCUCCUGCUUUCCGCGGCUGGUGCCGCAAACGCUGCCAAGCAGUGUGCCAUUCAGUUCGAAGGCAGAAUACCCACCAACUUCACUCCAGCAGACUUCGAUACAUCCGCUAGCCCUUUCAACAAUGGCUUUGUCUUUGGCAAGGGCCUGAAGGCCAGCGAUGUAGUCACGAUUCCCACUGGGCUGUCCUCGUUGUUUGAUGCCAACUCCAGCAAACCCUUUGAGGUCAACAUUGACGACAGGUCUAUUUUCGCGCCCACCGAAACCAACGUCCAGACCGGUUUUCGUCGCGCCGAGAUGCUCCCUAUGAGCAACAAUGGUACUGAUCCAUCAACUUCUGGGAUCAAGACGGUGCACUGGAGCAUGAUGAAGGAUCCCAAGAAGCCUCUCAACCUGACACAUGAAUACCAAAUGGUGUUUCUUGAGAGCUCAAUUUUCAGCUCAAACCAGUUUGCCUUGAAAUACGGAGAUCUCAUCGGUAUUCACCCUGCGGACCCGGAUGUGCUCCAUCUUUUCGGCAACUCCAACACCAAGCCCUUCCAGCCUGAGUUGUUCACCACCAAGUUCACGGAUGGCGUCUUCCACAACUUUGCCUUGACUCUGGACUUCAACAAGAACCUUACUCAAAUCUACUACUCCCAAGGAAACGCGCCUCUUGUUGCCCAAGGAAAGCCGGUCGAGAAUGAUAUCUCAGGUCAAGGACAGUUCCAUUUCGGGGUUUUGAAGAAGUCGAUCAACGGUACCGGUGAUCUGACCAAGUCAGGGUUCCAUGAGUCGGGUAUCAACGAGGGCAUCAUCUUUGGUGGCAUCUUCCAGGAGGACAGCGCUGAUGGAUGUGUCAGUUUGUCUCCUUGA